AUGGCUGCACAUAGGCACGCCGAGGUAAGGCAAGGCAAGAUGGUAGACAAUGGGUUUGUUCAAGACGAUUAUCACACAACUCCCAAGGUUGACCCAGCCAAACCUCCUGCACUUACUUGGCACCGAAAAUUAAACACCAAUGGAAAUGCUUCAUCAGAAAUCUCCUUACAUUUGAAAGAGAUUAUUCAUCUGGCUCCAAUUGGUUAUCGAUUAUGGCAUCAUUGUCGGGAAGAAGCUGCCAAAGGAAGGAUUGGAAUGAUUGAUCCUUUUGCCAAGCGUAGUGUGACAUUUUGUCACGGUGUUCCCUUGGGAGGUAUUGGAGCAGGAAGCAUUGGAAGAAGUUUCAGAGGUGAAUUUCAGCGUUGGCAACUAUUCCCUGUAGCAUGUGAAGAGAAACCAGUUUUAGCAAAUCAGUUUUCUUCCAUCAAAGAGCCCAAUGAAGAGGUCCAAGACAAGUUCAAUGAUGAGUCUAAUAAGGGGUCUGAAUCAUAUAUGGAUGAAGAAAGUUCUAGAAGAAUCAGCAAGCGUCCCUUACAAAAUACAGCGUCAGGGAUUGAAUCAUGGGAUUGGAAUAUAAAUGGAAACAGUUCUAUAUAUCAUGCAUUGUACCCAAGAGCUUGGACAAUAUACGAGGAACCUGACCCUGCUUUGAGCAUAGUAUGUCGUCAGAUUUCACCUGUCAUACCUCAUAAUUAUAAGGAGAGUAGCUUUCCUGUAGCAGUUUUCACCUUCACGCUGAAAAAUUUAGGCAACACAACAGCAGAUGUUACCUUGCUUUUCACAUGGACAAAUUCUGUUGGAGGAAAUUCUGAAUUUACUGGGGACCACUUUAAUUCAAAGCAAAUGUUGAGUGAUGGGGUUCAUGCUGUGCUUCUACAUCAUAAGACUGCAAAUGAGAGAUCGCCAGUCACAUUUGCAAUUGCUGCAGAAGAGACUGAAUAUGUUCAUAUCUCAGAGUGCCCUGUCUUUGUUAUAUCUGGUGAUUACAACGGUAUCUCGGCUAAGGAUAUGUGGGAUGAAGUUAAACAGAUAAGCAACAGUAAGAAUUUUGUAAAGCAACUAUUUGCAGUUUCCUUUGCUUUUGGGUGUCUGAAUAUCUUGUUUUCUAUUAUGACAAUUAGCGGAUUGGCUGUUCAUGGGUCAUUUGACCAUCUGAAUUUUGCUGAAAUUGCUGCCCCUUCAGAACUAGGAUCAUCUAUUGGAGCUGCUAUUGCAGCAACUGUGACUGUUCCCUCUGAUGCUCAGCGUAUUGUGACAUUUUCAUUGGCAUGGGACUGCCCUGAAGUCAAGUUUCCUGAAGGAAGGACAUAUUACAGGCGUUACACUAAAUUCUAUGGUACUAACGGAGAUGAUGCUGCAGAUAUUGCACAUGAUGCUAUUAUCGAACAUUGCCAAUGGGAGACCCAGAUUGAUGAUUGGCAAAGACCAAUACUAGAGGACAAGAGACUACCUGAGUGGUACCCAACAACGCUUUUGAAUGAACUUUACUAUUUGAAUUCUGGGGGAACAAUUUGGACAGAUGGUUCACUUCCCAUGACUAGUUUAGUUAACACAGGAGAAAACAAAUUUUCCUUGGAUGGAUUCAUAUCUCGUUUAGAGAAUAACAAUAAUUUAUCACAUCACAAUGAUACUGCUAUCAACAUUCUUGAAAUGUUUAGCUCAGUAGUUGAGCAAAAACACUCUCGACCUGCAUCAAAGUCUGCACAUGGAGUAAAUCUGCUCCAAGAAGGGGAAGAAAACAUUGGUCAGUUUCUUUAUCUUGAAGGCAUUGAGUAUAAAAUGUGGAAUACCUACGAUGUCCAUUUUUAUUCUUCUUUUUCACUAGUCAUGCUAUUCCCAAAACUUGAACUCAGCAUCCAAAGAGACUUUGCCGCAGCAGUGCUGAUGCAUGACCCUAGUAAGAUGAAACUUCUGUGUGAUGGCCAAUGGGCACCGAGAAAGGUUCUUGGUGCUGUUCCUCAUGAUAUUGGACUCAAUGAUCCAUGGUUUGAAGUAAAUGGAUAUAAUCUUUAUAACACAGAUAGGUGGAAAGACUUGAAUCCAAAAUUUGUUCUUCAGAUUUAUAGAGAUGUAGUUGUCACUGGCGACAAGAAGUUUGCACAAGCUGUUUGGCCCGCUGUUUAUAUUGCAAUUGCUUAUAUGGACCAAUUUGACAAGGACGGUGAUGGAAUGAUUGAGAAUGAAGGUUUCCCUGAUCAAACUUAUGACACGUGGUCUGUGUCUGGUGUGAGUGCAUACAGUGGUGGACUGUGGGUAGCAGCACUUCAGGCAGCAUCAGCACUGGCACGUGAAGUUGGUGACAAGGGUUCUGAAGAUUACUUUUGGCUGAAGUUUCAAAAGGCAAAGGCUGUAUAUGAAAAGUUAUGGAAUGGUUCUUACUUCAAUUAUGAUAGCAGUAGUGGAAGUUCAAGUUCAUCUAUUCAAGCUGAUCAAUUAGCUGGUCAAUGGUAUGCUAGAGCAUCUGGUCUUUUUCCAAUUGUUGAAGAAAAGAAAAGUAGAAGUGCACUUAAAAUGGUUUAUGAUUACAAUGUCAUGAAAGUACUGGAUGGGAGGCGUGGUGCUGUAAAUGGGAUGUUACCUGAUGGAAAAAUUGACAUGUCAACAAUGCAAUCUCGGGAAAUAUGGUCAGGGGUCACAUAUGCCUUAGCUGCAACAAUGAUCCAAGAAAAUAUGAUUGACAUGGCAUUUCAAACUGCUGGUGGAGUAUAUGAAACUGCAUGGUCCAACAAUGGACUCGGUUAUUCAUUCCAAACUCCCGAAGCGUGGACCAGUAAAGAUGAAUAUAGAUCUUUAUGUUACAUGCGUCCUUUAGCCAUAUGGGCAAUGCAAUGGGAAUUAUCAAGAACAAAGCACACUCAACAUGAGUGUAUAUUGGAUAUGAAAGAAGAAGAUAUUAUGUCUAGAUAUCAUGAUGGUUUUUCGAAAGUUGCUCGCCUUCUAAAGGUGAAGGAGGAGACAGAUUCUAGAAGCCUAUUUCAGCUUGUAUAUGAUUUUACUUGCAAGAGGAUGUGGGUAUAA